AUGGAACCAAAUGAUUAUGAUGUUUUAACACCCAUAGAGAAUUUGACUAUCACAAGUCUAAAGCUUUUAGGAUAUGAUGAGUUUGAUAUUCCUAAAGACAUGAAAAUUCAGCUCAGCCCAGAGCUAUUUCGAAAGUAAAAUAAAAUUAGAGCAAACACCAAAGCGCUAGAAUCAAUACUCUAUUUUUUGUUAACAAAGCUCACGACCCAAGACCAAAUGUCAUCAUUCGUUUUUUGCUGGCCACCUCGAACACCUGAUAUGAAAAGAGAAUACAAAGAAUCAUCAUACCGCCUUUUACUAGAUUUACAAGAUAGCCGCGUCAUCCCAGAAAACACAUUACUAGGAAAAUCUGUUCUCGAUAUGGCCCAAGGGGAAAGAGUCUGGGUUCUUCUCAAAGCUGUCUCAGAUUCUGCUUUAUCGAAUUCUCUAAAGCAAGAAAUGAGUGUAAAACUCCCGAAUUUUCCAUUAGCAAAUGAAUAUAUUUUGAAUCCUAAUAAUGCCACAAGAAGCACUGUGCUCAGAAUGAAAAAGGCGAUGGUAAUUUUAAUAAAAAAAUAUAUGACUGAGUUCAAUGCUCAUGCAAGAAAGGUUUCGCUAAAUCAAAAUGCUUGGGUUGACCAUGCAAGUAAAUUAACUCUUAUGCACAAAACAUUAAGAAAUCAGCUUGACAGCCUGAAACAGAAAAAAAUAAAACAAAACCCUUCAGAACAAUUGGUGGAAAAAUUAGCUGCUUUAGAUAGAGUUCCACAAAUAGAUAUGAUGAAGUAUAUAUGAAAAAACAUUUCAGAUAUAGAUAGUAAGAGCAGUGAAAGGAAAGGAAUAUAUGCUGUUUCCAGACUUAGUGAUCCAAAAUAUGAAAAAAAAGUGUUAGAAAUUAAAAAUAGUGGAAAAAUAAAGGUAGAAAACAUAAUCAAAACGUGGGGAGGUGAAUUACAAGCUGCAGCUGAACAACUAGCCUCUCAAAACUCUGAUGAAAACGCACAAGGCUUAAAACCUUUUAUUACUCAAAUUUCAAAACUAUUAGAGCACAAGCAGGCCCAUCUAGCAAAAUUAAACGAGCUUAAAGGCACAAAUUUACAAAUUGAAAGCGAAAUUGAGCAUAUAUAAUUAAAAUAUGGCGUCUUCGUCUGGGCAUGGCCUCCCGGCCAUGCAGCCUCGACUCAUAUUUUAAUUAUAUCCGGCAAGGUUUUACCAUUUCAGAGAUGGACGGCAAUGCUAGGUAAGCAAUUCUGGUAGCUUUUCAGAGCCUAGCCCUAGUCUAAAUCUCAGGGGUGGAUUUUUCCUCGUGGGGAAGGAGGGUACAAAGUUGGAAAGGGGAAGCCCAGCAAAGUCCUCUGGACCAUUCGGGCAACUCCCUAGCGUGAAACUGGGCGUUACGUCCCAGGCUUUGUAUUUUUCCUUUUUGCCGAUAGCCGACCAGAAAAAUCCAUUUUUUGGGUUUUUCGGAAAAGCAACCCAUGUGCAGGUAAGUAGCUCACUCAUGAGCCGUCGAAGACGUGGACAUUUGCCCUGGAAGCACCUUGGUGAUCGAAGCGAGUCUGUCCCCAGCAGACUGGUGGGCCCGAUGCGACGAAAGGCGAGUGAUAAACCUGGGGUUGUAACCUCGUAGUGGACGUUAAGCGAUAUAAAUUCUAAUGUAAUGUAAUGAAAGCGAAAUUGAGCGUAUGAAAAAAUCAAUCUCUUCUUACAAGUCCAAUCUUUAUUUGUAA